AUGUCUCACCAACCCUCAGCCUGGACCACGAACCGGUACGGAUCUCGACCGGGCCAAUCCACCAACCCGCAGCAGCGUCACCACUGGAACGCGAUCCAAGAUUCUCUACACCCAGUCUACCCGCGUCCUCGUUCAAAUAUCCAACUUGAUUACCACGGAGAUAUUGCGCCGGCGCCAGGGUUGAAGGAUAACGCUGAUAUCUUUUUUGGACCGGUUGGUGAAGGUGGUUUAAGUAUGAACAAAGACGCCCACUUCACCCCUCUCCACCUCCACGCCUCCCACCACGCCGAUCUCUUCGACGACUUCACGCGCGACCGUCUCCCUUCCUCCGAAGACAUUUACGUGCCACCCCACUUACAGCCCUUGAAUCCCGAAGACGAAGAUGACGUAGUCCCCGACCAACACGCUGCUUUCGGCAUUCAAAAGGCUACGCAAAAGACGCGCGAGCCGGCUUGGAGAGAUCUAAGACUUGAUGAGCUGAUGCAGCAAGGUCCUGGCGCGCCGGGGGCCGGGUUGGGAUUGGGAAAUGGUGGCGUGGGUGGUGGCAGUACGGCUGGUGUUGCUGGGGGUGGAAUGACGGGGAAUGGAGGGAGGAGGGUUGCGAGGAAGAAGAUGAGGGCUGGUGGUGGGUAUGGGGGGUUGCCGAGGUAA